AGGACCAUUGGGCAUAUGGGCUACCAAACGUCAUGGGUGUCUUAGAUUACAAAAGGAAAGUGGAGGGCAUAAGCGGAGAGCAAGCCGCCCAAGCCGAGCGGGGAAUGGUGAUAAUCCAAAUCCGGAAAUUGGCGAAAGAGAUUUUACGGAUAUGAUCGUUGCCGAAAAAGGCUAUGGAUAUUGA